AGUCGGGUGUCAUUGGUUAUAGGCAUUGGAUCAUCCUCAUCUGUGACGUCAAUUAAAGUUCCAAUCGGCGUGAGAUUAUUUUUUCGAAGUUCAGUGUGACGACUGCCAAAGAUAGAAAAGAUUCGCACCUGAGUGAUGCGUUUGGCUCUGAUCUUCGUAGCCGUCGUGAUAAUUUCGGCUCACGCGGCAGCCCAGAUAAUCUUGCGAGGCUUUGGUCUUGAAAAUUUAUUGCAUGGUCGAGAACGGCAUGCAGGCAGACAGCAUGACGGUGGGCGAAUCACUCUAAUAUCCGGCAAGUUAGGCUCGAAAAAUGUAUUCAGCGAUGAUCAUAACCACGGAAGAAAUGGUUACGACUGGCACCAUACACAAUCAGGUCGUUAUCCGGAUCGACGGUAUUCGAAUCUGUGUGUCUGCCCAGAAAACUCUCCCGGAAACCAAUGGAAUCAUCAACGUUCUCCGUCGUCUCAAUACCCUGGAGAAUACUACAACGACGACUACCACAAGGACAUGAAAGGUCCUUAUUCUAACCAGUUCUACGACGAUUGGAAUGACCGACAGCCUCUGGGACCACGACCUCCACCUCCACCCUCACAUCACCAUGGACCUCCACCACCUCCACUCCAUUUACAUCACCAUGGACCUUCACGUCACCAUGGACCUCCACCACCUCCACCACCGUAUAACGGAGGUGGUCCACCACCUCCACCACCGUAUAACAGACCUGGUCCAGAACAACAGCCAGAUUAUAACGAACCUGGUCCAGAACAACAGCCAGAUUAUAACGAACCAGGUCGAGAACCACAACCAGAAUAUAACAGUCCUGGUCUAGAACCACAACCAAAUGACAACAAACCUUAUCCACCACUACAGUCAAAUUAUAAUCGACCCGAAGAGCCCAGACCGCGUCAACCGGCACCGUCACCUUCAUCAAACGGCGUGACGGUGGAUGAGACGGAAAUCCACGAGGAUGAUUCAAAGGAAAAGUUGUCCCCAGGAUCGACGACCGAGUCUUCAACAAGGGUUACGUUUAAUCAAGAAUUUCACAUUCCGAGGUUGUCUCCAACAGAGCCAGGGCUUGUUACAGAGCUUGAGGUGUCAAGUUCUCCGGUAGAGCCAGAGCUUUCGGUAGAUACAAACGGAGGCGAGAAGAGAGCAACUAAAAGCACAGAGCAGAGCCAGACGACGACGGAAUUUGAUUGGAAUAAUUACUUCCUUCCAGCUUCGGUUAAUAAUCCUGGUGGUGCUGGAGGUAUUGAUAUCAGAGGAGAUUUUGAGUAGAUGAUUAUUAAACCAGUGAGCUGUGUAAUGGGCAAUACGCGGAAGUCCGUGUAGGUGAAUUUGGUAAGCUGAAUUCUCGGUCUUUGGGCACUCAUUUCACCGGUGAAAUUAUGACUCAACUAUUACUGGCAUUUAUUUUUUCG